AUGUCUGCAUCCUCUGGAAUCGGAGUCUCACCAGAACUCUCAUCGGCCUUUGCCUCGGCUGUUGCCUCCCAAUCUACGCGUUUCAUCAAAGUAAAGAUUCAGAACGAAUCGCUGGUACCCGAUGGGACAAUCCCAACCGGAUCCGGAGGGUUUAUAGAUGAUCUCCCUCAGCUGCAAGACAUUCUUGAGGACGAUAUUCCUGCGUAUAUACUCGCCUAUACCGAGGGUUCGAAAUGGUUGUUUAUUUCCUACGUCCCAGACACCGCCAAGGUCCGAGACAAGAUGGUGUAUGCGUCGUCGCGUGGUGCACUUACCAAAGCUCUAGGUGACCAGAAGUUCAAGGACAACAUAUUCGCUACUUCCAAAGUACACAUUCAUCAAUAUUUAAAAUGGGCCCACCAACGGCAUCUCGCCGCCCCCAAACCACUGACUGCUCGUGAACGCGAACUCGAAGAGAUACGCGCGGCAGAACGGGCAUCCUCGGCUGCAUACGAAGGCGCAGGUGUACGCCAGUCCAUCGUAGGCUCACGCGCGGGGAUGAAAUGGUCCGACGAGCUCGGAGACGCGUUGCGCGACUUGCAACCCGGACGAUUGGUCGUUAUCGUAAUCGAUCGAUCCUACAAAGGAGAGUUGAUCUUGAAGGAUACUAAGGAUGUAUCCCUCGAUGGUGUUCCUGGUGCGCUUCCUGCCUCUGAGCCAGCUUAUGGCCUGUACUCGUGGGCGCAGGAAGAGGGUGCUUCACCUCAUAUUGUAUUUACGUAUACAUGCCCCUCAAGUUCACCUGUGAAAUACCGUAUGCUCUACUCGUCGGGCGUAGCCAGCCUGGUAAACGACGUCAAAGCUCAAGCUGGAAUCACAGUUGCCAAGCGACUCGAGUCGUCCGACCCGACCGAACUGGACCUCGCAUGGCUCGGAGCGAGCUGGCUUCACCCGGAAGUGGGACCACAUCUCCCGCCGACGAUUCCAAGAAACCGUUUGCGAAACCGAGAGGACCAGCGAGGCGGAAAGUGA